CCUGCUUCUUAAAGGCCUUACACUACUCAGGGGACUGAGCUUCUGAUCCACCCACCUUUAAGAGCAAAUGGAAAUUAGAUACAAACCACAGCAAGACAGAGCAGGAGACUGUAUCUCUUGCUCUGCUUUGCAAAGGCACCAACUUCAUUCAUGAGCAUGGAGCCCAUGUGACCUGUCAACUCCUCACAGGCCCUACCUCUUUUGGAGUUGAGCUUCAUCACAUGACUUUGAGGGAUAUGGGCCUUCAGUCCCCCCAACCCCCAAUCGCAGGUCAUGGAAUCUUUGAGACAGGGAGGUAUUCUUCCUUUCCACUUGUUUAUAUACUCCAUCAUCUUCCUAAACUAACCCAUACAUGUAGGUAUUAUGCUGAAUAUAAGCAUAAGCGUAUUUUAUUGCUAGACUGUCCCAGCCUGGGUCACCCUUUCUUCCACACAUUUUUGCAUGUGAAAUGUUAAUGUGAGAUACUUUUUCUCAUGUGUUCACUCACCCACUCAUGUGUCCCUUCAAUGAAUACCAGUUUAUAUGAUCACAAAUUUCCCUGCUUCCUUUCUCACCCCUCAAAGAUUCCUCCCUCUUGACUUCCAUUCUAACGAUUCUUCCUCAUUGUUCUUUACCCCCAGUAGGCCCCCCUCAUCUUUUACAGAGACCAUCCUUACAGUUUGAUGUUGGAGUCUGGUGGCUCACAAACCUUCCAGGAUGACUAUACAUUGGAGGUGAGGGCCCUGACUUAUCUUAAGGGUGGGGAUUUCCAGGACUCUGGGCACACUCUAGGGACCUUUGUCCUUUCUCAGGGAAAAAGAAAAGAGGAACAGGCCUCCUACUUCUCAUAUUUUUUUAGAGUGUUCUUUUUUGUAGCAACAAUGGAGGAAAGCGAUUGGUGGAUAGUGCAGAGUAGCUGAGAUGGGGAGAGGAUGAGCAGGGGCGGGGAUGAAAUGUGAGGGCCAGAGAUGGUCUCUGCAGUUAGGAGUCCCCAGUCAGGGCCUAGCUACUCUUCCUCUUAUGGGUCUAUAAGCCUGCUUUCCCAGGCUGGCCACUUCCCCAAUCGAAGCUCUGAUCUUGCUUGGUUCUUGCAUCUCACAGAUGCUGAGACUCAGGAGAAGAGUCCUGCCUAGUUCAGAGACCUCCUCUUUUUCUCUUCUCUCCUCCACUGACAGAGUCUGAACUGGUAUGCUACUGGUCCCUUUGCUGCUGGUGCUCCUGGUCUCAGGUGUCUGGGGGUCCACAGUUAUAUCUGAAGAGCUUCAUAGAAUGGUAGGACAGAGUCUCUCCGUGUGGUGCCAGUACAAGCCUGAGGAGGGACCUUACGUGCCGAAAACAUGGUGCCGGCAAACAUCUCCAAAUAGAUGUCAAAGAAUGAUCACUACCUCUGAGCCUCUGAAAGCAGUCAGGGAAUUACAGUACAUGAUCUGGGAUGAUCCUGAAUCUGGCUUCUUCAACAUCACCAUGACUCAGCUAACAGAAGAGGACUCGGCAUUCUACUGGUGUAGUUUAUUUAAUGCUUCUCAAAAUAUAGUAACCGUUCUCAGAAACAUCAGCCUGGUGGUAUCUCCAGCCUCAUCAACUCUUCCUUCACAGACGAUUGCUUGGCUCCCAGAAAGCACAGUUCUGACCACCUCUCCUGAGGAGAUCACUGACUCUUCCAUCAAUGGCUCUGAGCACAGAAACCAAAGUUCUUCCUCUCCUGGCUGGACCUCCCUGAGGCUUCUGGUCUCUCUGCAGUAUGGACUCCUUCUGCUCAAGGGCCUGAUGCUGUCAGUUUUCUGUGUGCUCCUUUGUUGGAGGCGUGGCCAGGUGAGCAGUCUGACUGUGGUAGGGCUGCUCGCUCUCUAGGGUAUGAUGGCCAUGUUUUCAGUUUCAAGUGAGUAUGUUUAUUAAGUAUACAGCAAGCCAAAGUAAAAGUACAAAUACCAAAUAGCAGAGAGAUAGCAAAACAUCAAAAACAAGGCACCUAAAACAUCCAGCAAAAAAAGAAGGAAGCCCCACUGAGGCACUAGUGGGAUUUUCCAAGAGACAGAGUCCCUAAGAGAGCACUGUUCCUUUGGGUGAGACUUCAACAGACAAACAAAGAAACAAACAGGACAGGUACAGAUACCAUCAGAUCAACCAGGGAAGUUGAGGCAGGCAGCUGGCACCCAGGCAAGCUUUGCCUUCAUGUGUUAGCUGCUCAUGGCUGAAAUUCCAGCUUCCCUGCCUCUAUACUUUCACACCAUGUGGUAAACAACAACAACUUCUGCUAGAGGCAUCAAUGUGGUGGUGGGAAGUAGAUUCCUGUGUUUGAAUGCUUGACCCAUAGGGAGGUAUGGCCUUGUUGGAGAAAGUGUGUCACUGUGAGCUGUAAGUGCCUGUGCUGACAUGGUACCGAGAGCCGGGCGUAGGCCUGCAAGGUUUAAGAAAAAAUGCAAAGACUUGGGUCAUUCAUGUUAAAAAAGAAUGCCAGGCACUCAAGUGGCAGGUCCCCUGUGGUCCAGACACCACCUGGAUCUGAAGGGACAUGGUCAACAGCUUCCUGCACCAAAAUCCUGUGGGAGGGAGAGCUAAACCUUCAGAGGGGCAGACAUGCCUGGGAAGCCAGAAGAGACUACACAUUUCUGACGCCAGAGGAAAACACCUAACACCAUCUGGGACCCCAGUGCACAGGGGCCCCGGGAAAAUGUGGGACAGGCCCUUCUGGUUGCUGCCCUCACGGAGACCUCAAAAGCAGCCCCCGGGAGCAACUUCAGCCCUGGGACCAGAGUUAAGACCAACUUUUUUUGCUCCAAGUGACCUGCCUGUGGACUCAGGACACAUGCCCACAGGAACACCUGAAGACCAGUAGACAGGGAAGACUACACACCUGAAAGCAGAACACUCUGUGCCCAUAACUGGCUGAAAGAAAACAGGAAAACAGGUCAACAGCACUCCUGACACACAGGCCUAUAGGAUGGUCUAGCCACUGUCAGAAAUAGCAGAACAAGGUAACACCAGAGGCAACCUGAUGGCAAGAGGCAAGCACAGGAACCCAAGCAACAGAAACUACAUGGCAUCAUCAGAGCUCAAUUCUCCCACCAAAGCAAACACUGAAUAUCCAAACACACCAGAAAAGCAAGAUCUAGAUUUGAAAUCACGUUUGAUCAUGAUGAUGGAGGACUUCAAGAAAGACAUAAAGAGCUCCCUUAGAGAAAUGCAGGAAAACACAAAUAAACAAGCAGAAGCCUAUAGAGAGGAAACGCAAAUAUCUCUGAAAGAAUUCCAGGAAAACACAAUUAAACAGGUGAAGGAAUUAAAAAUGGAAAUAGAAGCAAUAAAGAAAGCACAAAGGAUCGCUUCUCGGCCUUUUGGCUAAGAUCAAGUGUAGAAAGCACAAAGGGAGACAACCUUGGAUAUAGAUAACCAAAAGAAGAGACAAGGAGCCGUAGAUACAAGCAUCACAAACAGACUACAAGAGAUAGAAGAAAGAAUCUCAGGAGCAGAAGAUUUCAUAGAAAUCAUCAACACAACUGUCAAAGAUAAUGUAAAACAGAAAAAGCUACUGGUCCAAAACAUACAGGAAAUCCAGGACUCAAUGGGAAGAUCAAACCUAAGGAUAAUAGGUAUAGAAGACAGUGAAGAGCCCCAGCACAAAGAACCAGUAAAUAUCUUCAACAAAAUCAUAGAAGAAAACUUCCCUAACCUAAAGAAAGAGAUGCCCAUAAACAUACAAGAAGCCUACAGAACUCCAAAUAGAUUGUACCAGAAAAGAAACUCCUCCCAUCACAUAAUAGUCAAAACACCAAACGCACAAAAUAAAGAAAGAAUAUUAAAAGCAGUAAGGGAAAAAAGUCAAGUAACAUAUAAAGGCAGACCUAUCAGAAUUACACCAGAUUUCUCACCAGAGACUAUGAAAGCCAGAAGAUCCUGGACAGAUGUCAUACAGACCCUAAGAGAACACAAAUGCCAGCCCAGGUUACUGUAUCCAGCAAAACCCUUAAUUAACAUAGAUGAAGAAACCAAGAUAUUCCAUGACAAAACCAAAUUUACACAAUAUCUUUCUACAAAUCCAGCCCUACAAAGGAUAAUAAAUGGUAAAGCCCAACAUAAGGAGGCAAGCUACACCCUAGAAAAAGCAAGAAACUAAUUGUCUUGGCAACAAAACAAAGAGAAGCAAAGCCCAGAAACAUAACCUCAUAUCCAAAUACAAAUAUAACAGGAAGCAACAAUCACUAUUCCUUAAUAUCUCUCAACAUCAAUGGACUCAAUUCCCCAAUAAAAAGACAUAGAUUAACAAACUGGAUACGCAAUGAGGACCCUGCAUUCUGCUGCUUACAGGGAACGCACCUCAGAGACAAAGACAGACACUACCUCAGAGUGAAAGGCUGGAAAGCAACUUUCCAAGCAAAUGGUCUGAAGAAGCAAGCUGGAGUAGCCAUUCUAAUAUAGAAUAAAAUAGAUUUUCAACCAAAAGUCAUCAAAAAAGAUAAGGAAGGACACUUCAUAUUCAUCAAAGGAAAAAUCCACCAAGAUGAGCUAUCAAUCCUAAAUAUCUAUGCUCCAAAUACAGGGGCACGUACAUACAUAAAAGAAACCUUACUAAAGCUCAAAGCACACAUUGCACCUCACACAAUAAUAGUAGGAGAUUUCAACACCCCACUCUCAUCAAUGGACAGAUCAUGGAAACAGAAAUUAAACAGAGACAUAGACAGACUAAGAGAAGUCAUGAACCAAAUGUACUUAACAGAUAUUUAUAGAGCAUUCUAUCCUAAAACAAAAGGAUAUACCUUCUUCUCACAACCUCAUGGUACUUUUUCCAAAAUUGACCAUAUAAUAGGUCAUAAAACAGGCCUCAAUAGAUACAGAAAGAUAGAAAUAAUCCCAUGCCUCCUACCAGACACCACGGCUAAAGCUGGUCUUCAAUAACAAUAAGGGAAGAACGCCCACAUAUACAUGGAACAAUUCUCUACUCAGUGAUAACCUGGUCAAGGAAGAAAUAAGGAAGGAAAUUAAAGACUUCUUAGAAUUUAAUGAAAAUGAAGGUACAACAUACCCAAACUUAUGGGACACAAUGAAAGGUGUGCUAAGAGGAAAACCCAUAGCUCUGAGUGGCUGCAGAAAGAAACAGGAGAGAGCAUAUGUCAGCAGCUUGACAGCACACCUAAAAGCUCUAGAACAAAAAGAAGCAAAUACACCCAGGAGGAGUAGAAUGCAGGAAAUAAUCAAACUCAGAGCUGAAAUCAACCAAGUAGAAACAAAAAGGACUAUACAAAGAAUCAACAGAACCAAAAGCUGGUUCUUUGAGAAAAUCAACAAAAUAGAUAAACCCUUUGUCAGACUAACGAGAGGACACAGAGAGUGUAUCCAAAGUAACAAAAUCAGAAAUGAAAACGGAGACAUAGCUAUAGAAUCAGAGGAAAUUAAAAAAAUUAUCAGAUCCUACUACAAAAGCCUAUAUUCAACAAAACUUGAAAAUCUGCAGGAAAUGGACAAUUUCCUAGACAGAUACCAGGUACCAAAGUUAAAUCAGGAACAGAUAAAUCAUUUAAAAAACCCCAUAACUUCUAAUGAAAUAGAAGCAGUCAUUAAAGGUCUCCCAACCAAAAAGAGCCUAGGUCCAGAUGGGUUCAGUGCAGAAUUCUAUCAGACCUUCAUAGAAGACCUCAUACCAAUACUAUCCAAACUAUUCGACAAAAUUGAAACAGAUGGAGCUCUACCAAAUUCCUUCUAUGAAGCCACAAUUACUCUUAUACCUAAAUCACACAAAGACCCAACAAAGAAAGAGAACUUCAGGCCAAUUUCCGUUAUGAAUAUCAACGCAAAAAUACUCAAUGAAAUUCUUGCAAACUGAAUCCAAGAGCACAUCAAAACAAUCAUCCAUCAUGAUCAAGUAGGCUUCAUCCCAGGCAUGCAGGGAUGGUUUAAUAUACAGAAAACGUCAAUGUAAUCCACUAUAUAAACAAAUUGAAAGAUAAAAACCACUUGAUCAUUUCAUUAGAUGCUGAGAAAGCAUUUGACAAAAUUCAACACCCCUUCAUGAUAAAAGUCCUGGAAAAAAUAGGAAUUCAAGGCCCAUACCUAAACACAGUAAAAGCUAUAUACAGCAAACCAGUAGCUAAUACUAAAAUAAAUGGAGAGAAACUUGAAGCAAUCCCACUAAAAUCAGGGAGUAGACAAGGCUGCCCACUCUCUCCCUACUUAUUCAGUAUAGUUCCUCAAGUGAUACCCAGAGCAAUAAGACAACAAAAAGAGAUCAAAGGGAUACAGAUUGGAAAAGAAGAAGUGAAAAUAUCACUAUUUGCAGAUGAUAUGAUAGUAUAUUUAAGUGAUCCCAAAAGUUCCACCAAAGAACUACUAAACCUGAUAAACACAAUUCAGCAAAGUGGCUGGGUAUAAAAUUAAUUCAAAUAAAUCAGUAGCCUUCCUCUACACAAAGGAGAAACAAGCCAAGAAAGAAAUUAGGGAAAUGACACCCUUUAUAAUAGUCCCAAAUUAUAUAAAAUACCUCGGUGUGACUUUAACCAAGCAAGUAAAAAUCUGUACAAUAAGAACUUCAAGCCUCUGAAGAAAGAAAUUGAAGAAGACCUCAGAAGAUGGAAAGAUCUCCCAUGCUCAUGGAUUGGCAGGAUUAAUAUAGUAAAAAUGGCCAUUUUACCAAAAGCGAUCUACAGAUUCAAUGCAAUCCCCAUCAAAAUACCAAUCCAAUUCUUCAGAGAGUUAGACAGAACAAUUUGCAAAUUCAUCUGGAAUAACAAAAAACCCAGGAUAGCUAAAACUAUCCUCAACAAUAAAAGGACUUCAGGGGGAAUCACUAUCCCUGAACUCAAGAAGUAUUACAGAGCAAUAGUGAUUAAAAACUGCAUGAUAUUGGUACAGAGACAGACAGAUAGACCAGUGGAAUAGAAUUGAAGACCCAGAAAUGAACCCACACACCUGUGGUCAUUUGAUUUUUGACAAAGGAGCCAAAACCAUCCAAUGGAAAAAAGAUAGCAUUUUCAGCAAAUGGUGCUGGUUCAACUGGAGGUCAGCAUGUAGAAGAAUGCAGAUCGAUCCAUGCUUAUCACCCUGUACAAAGCUUAAGUCCAAGUGCAUCAAGGACCUCUGCAUCAAACCAGAUACACUCAAACUAACAGAAGAAAAAGUGGGGAAGCAUCUCGAACACAUGGGCAAUGGAGAAAAUUUCCUGAACAAAACACCAAUGGCUCAUGCUCUAAGAUCAAGAAUCGACAAAUGGGAUCUCAUAAAAGUGCAGAGCUUCUGUAAGGCAAAGGACACUGUUGUUAGGACAAAACGGCAACCAACAGAUUGGGAAAAGAUCUUUACCAAUCCUACAACUGAUAGAGGGCUUAUAUCCAAAAUAUACAAAGAACUUAAGAAGUUAGACUGCAGGGAGACAAAUAACCCUAUUAAAAAAUGGAGUUCAGAGCUAAACAAAGAAUUCACAGCUGAGGAAUGCUGAAUGGCUGAGAAACACCUAAAGAAAUGUUCAACAUCUUUAGUCAUAAAUGAAAUGCAAAUCAAAACAACCCUGAGAUUUCACCUCACACCAGUGAGAAUGGCUAAGAUCAAAAACUCAGGUGACAGCAGAUGCUGGCGAGGAUGUGGAGAAAGAGGAACACUCCUCCAUUGUUGGUGGGAUUGCAGACUGGUACAACUAUUCUGGAAAUCAGUCUGGAGGUUCCUCAAAAAUUGGACAUUGAACUACCUGAGGACCCAGCUAUACCCCUCUUGGGCAUAUACCCAAAAGAUCCCCCAACAUAUAACAAAGACACAUGCUCCACUAUGUUCAUAGUAGCCUUAUUUAUAAUAGCAAGAAGCUGGAAAGAACCCAGAUGACCUUCAACAGAGGAAUGGAUACAGAAAAUGUGGCACAUCUACACAAUGGAAUAUUACUCAGCUAUCAAAAACAAUGACUUUAUGAAAUUCAUAGACAAAUGGAUAGAACUGGAAAAAUAUCAUCCUGAGUGAGGUAACCCAAUCACAGAAAAACACACAUGGUAUGCACUCAUUGAUAAGUGGUUAUUAGCCCAAAUGCUUGAAUUACCCUAGAUGAAUAGAACACGUUAAAGUCAAGAAAGAUGACCAAAAUGAGAAUGCUUCACUCUUUCUUUAAAACAGGAACAAGAAUACCCUUGGGAGGGAAUAGGGAGGCAAAGUUUAGAACAGAGGCAGAAGGAACAUCCAUUCAGAGCCUGCCCCACAUGUGGCCCAUACAUAUACAGCCACCAAACUAGAUAAGAUGGAUGAAGCAAAGAAGUGCAGGCCGACAGGAACCGGAUGUAGAUCUCUCCUGUGAGACACAGCCAGAAUACAGCAAAUACAUAGGCAAAUGCCAGCAGCAAACCACUGAACUGAGAACGGGACCCCAUGUUGAAGGAAUUAGAGAAAGGACCAAAAGAGCUUGAAGGGGCUUGAGACCCCAUAUGAACAACAAUGCCAACCAACCAGAGCUUCCAGGGACUAAGCCACUACCCAAAGACUAUACAUGGACUGACCCUGGACUCCGACCUCAUAGGUAGCAAUGAAUAGCCUAGUAAGAGUAUCAGAGGAAGGGGAAGCCCUUGGUCUUGCCAAGACUGACCCCCCCAGUGAACGUGAUUAUUGGGGGGGGAGGGCAAUAAGGGGGGGAGGAUGGGGAGGGGAACACCCAUCGAGAAGGGGAGGGGAAGGGGUUAGGGGGAUGUUGUCCCAGAAACCCGGAAUAACAAUCGAAAUGUAAAUAAGAAAUACCCCAGUUAAUAAAGAUGAAAAAAAAAAAACAAAAACCAAUGCCAAAUCUUUUACUUAGAUCCACCAAAUAUACACCCCAAGUUCACUGGUGGAGAUAUCCAGGAAGCACAGUGGAAAAACCGGCUUGAGCUCUCAGGAACAAAGAAAGAGGAAAAAAAAUCAGGAACUGAUUUAACAGUGUUAUCACCCAGGUGUACCACCCAGGUAUGCCACUCAGGGCAACCAGGAAGAUCAGGGCAUUCCUUUGUUAGGAACAAAAGGCUUCCACAUACAUCAGCAAGGCUCAGCAGGGGUCAAACACUGAAGGGACCCAGGAGGGUUUGACAAGUCCCCCUUUUUAUUCUUUAUUAAGUAGUGCCUGUCAGGGGUUGGGGAUUUAGCUCAGUGGUAGAGCACUUGCCUAGCAAGCUGGGUUCGGUCCCCAGCUCUGAAAAAAAGAAAAAAGAAAAAAAAAAGUAGUGCUUGUCUUAGGACACUUUGGGGUGCCAACCCCUUGCCCAUCUCUGGGAAUAUCUGCCAGUCUCAGAGACCCUGUCUUAGGUGGGUAUUGGUCCCAAAUAGUUGCCCAUCUUUGGCUAACUACUUCUUGUGAAGGCUGAACUAGAUUUGGGCAGAGGGAUUGUCUCCUGACAAGGAGAGUACCACCUGCUUAGUCGCUGUUUGCACAUGUGAUAAGAAGUACAAGGCCAACAACUGCGGCACCUGAGGGCCAUUGUAAGGCUUCACACAAACAUGUGUGAAAAUAAGAGAUCAAGCUGUUCCUGUAAAAGCACUGACUGUUGAUUUAAAUUUAAAAAUCCCAAUUGUCAGCAACUACUCCUGAAUGUUUAUCCACUGUGCUUGCCUAACGAUAGAUUGGGGGAGGGCAAUCCCAGACACUGUAGCCACAGUGACUGCAGCAGCAAUGGCUGCUACAAUAGCAGCGAAGAUGCCAAAGUCUUUCCCAUAACGGUUUAGGAUCAACCGACCUUCUCCCGAACUACCUGCAGGCAAUGGAACCAUGCAUGAGAUCCGCACAACCAGGGAAGAGUUCCCUGGUCCUCAGCAGCUUCAUGCAGAUGACAUUCCUGUGAAGCCACAGACUGCAAAAUGGCAACACCAGCCACAGCAGCGACAGCUGCUGGGGAAACUGGGAGGGGCAGGGAUAACUGCUGGAGUCUGGCCUUCUCCUCCAGCACGCAGCGGUGCAUGGAGGGGUCAGAGCGCAAGCCACGGUGGGACGGGAUAUGCAGUGGUGGUAACGAUGGCUGUAGCAAUGCCAAAAUCUCCUCCAUGACAACACAAGGUGAGGGGAAACUCUCCGUCUUCAUCCAAGGACACAGGAACAACUCCAGGGACCCGAACCACAAGAGCUGAAUCUUCAUGUUCCCAGCAAGUCAACAAACAGGACAGCUGCUUUUCCUGUUGCCCUAUUGGUGGCGAUCACCACUGGUCAAACUCUGCUCCUUAUUCCCACUGGCAUCAGGAUCGGAGGAUUUUUCAGGAAGCUCCAAUAGGUCUCCAUCCAUACCGGACGUAUACAACACUCAGGAACCCAAAUGGGUGCUUCAGCAUCUCUAGGAAAAACACGAGCAGAACUCCUAACCCUAACUAAUACAGGGUCAUGUCCCUUCCACAAUCCUGAGGUCAAAUCUUUCCAACGGACCAGACCUUCCUUAUGUCUUAUUCCUUUCCAAUGUCUAUCUGCUGCUGAACAGUUAUUCUUAUCUACUAACCAAAAAUUUUAAAUAUAGAUAAUAAAGGAAAGUUAAGCAGGUGGGGAAUUCUGGUCCCCUGUUUUUGUUUUUUCAAGAUAAUUCUUAAGCGUUAGAUGAGCUCUUUCUACUAUGGCUUGUCCUUGAGGAUUAUAAGGAAUGCCAGUUGUAUAUACAAUGUCAUAAUCCUCACGAAAUUUCUUAAAAGGCCCGCUAGUAUAUGCAGGACCAUUAUCAGUUUUUAAUUGUUGUGGGACUCCCAUAAAGGCAAAGGCCUGUAAGCAGUGACUUUUAACAUCUUUAAUUUUCUCUCCACAGUGGGCAGAGGCAAAGAGCAGGCCAGAAUAGGUAUCAAUAGACACAUGGAACCAUAACUUCCCAGAGGAAGGAAUAUGGGUAACAUCCAUUUGCCAAAUAUCAUUAGACUGUUACCCUCUUGGGUUAACUCUCAAAUUGGGAGAGAAAAAAAAUGGGGCACACUGAGGACAUUGACUGAUGAUUUGGGCUGCUUGUUUUUUAGUUCCUCCAUUGUGAAACCUCAAAGAAUUAGCAUUAAGAUGACAUUUUCUAUGCAUCUGUAAAGCUUUAUCAUAGGUAGUAUUACUCAUUAACAUCUAAUAACAUGGAGACCGAGUAUAAGAAUUGGCCAACUCAUUGCCUUGUGCUAAGACAUAUUUUUAUGUGGCCCACAUAAAUAGGUUCCCGACGCUGCCAUAGCAAAGCCUGUACUUGUAAUAAGCAGGCACAAAUGGUUGAAACAGGAGCAAUGAAGGCAGCGGUCUCAAGGGGUGAAACAAUCUGAAACACAUACACACUAUCAGUGUAUAUGUUACAAGGUUCAUCAGGAAACAUAACCAAAGUUAGUUGUAAAGCUUUCAAUUCUGCUAGCUGUCCAGAACAAUUAAGAAUUUUUAUAACCUCUUCCUUCCCUCCAGACACUACCUCAGCACAUCCAUUGGGGGAACCAUCAGUAAAUACUAAACGAGCUUUUUGUAAAGGGGAACUUACAAUAAUCCAUGGAAAAAUUGCCAGAUGCAUUUUUAGAAACUGACAAAUCUUACUAUCAGGAUAAUGGUUAUCAAAUUGACUAACAACUGUGCACAUUAAAAUAGCCCAGUCUGUAAGUCCCUGGGCUAAAUGUUGUAGCUGUUCUUUGGUAUAGGGAGUAAUAAUAAGAUCUGGUUCUUUGCCAAAGUCUGUAAGCUAAUUCUUUGAGCCUUGAACAGUAAUUGAGCAAUGACCUGAGGAUAAGCCAUUACUAUCUUUGCAGGUGAGCUUGUAAAUAAACUCACAUUAAAGCAAAAAAGCCCAGUAGAUGAAUGAGCAGAUACAAAAAUCAAAAAUGAAAGAGGCUUAGAAUAAUCAAUAUAAUUAAGGUGAGCCUCUUCCAAAGCCUGUUGUACUAAAUUUAAGCACUCAUCAGCUUCUGGAGUUAAUUGUCUAGGUGAAUUUGGAGAGGAAUCAAAUAAUGGCUUCAACUGUCCCAUGGUUAAUUUUAACGUCAGUCAAAGCCAAUUUAUAUAACCUAAUAAUUUUUGAAAGUCAUUUAAGGUCUUUAGUAUACCUAACCUAAUUUUAAGUUUUUGUGGGUGAAUUCCUUUCUGUAAUAAUUCAUGUCCUAAAUAUUGGUAUGGGAAGUUCCUUUGAACCUUCUCAGGGGCAAUCACUAACCCUGCAGCACCCAAAUCUUCUUGUAAGUCAGCAUAUGCUAUCAGCAAUGCCUUUUCAUCUGGAGCCGCCAAUAAAAUGUCAUCCAUGAAAUGGACAAUAUAUAUCUGUGGAUAUUUCUGCCUCAAAGGCUUUAGGGCAAAGGCUACAUAUACCUGACACAUAGUAGGACUAUUGGCCAUCUCCUGAGGUCACACGACCCAAUGAUAGUGAUGAGAAGACUCCUGAAAACUGGUGGAAGGAAUGUUAAAAGCAAAUUCACAGUUUUAGGGUCUAGUGAAAUAGUAAAGAAAAAAUCCUUCAAGUCAAUAACUAUCAUAUGCCAUUUUUUUUGUAUAGCUACAGGAGAAGGGAAACCAGGCUAAGUAGGUCCCAUAGGUAUCAUAAUUUUAUUAAUUUCCCUUAAAUCUUGUAAUAAUCUCCACUUUCCAGACUUUCUUAAUCACAAAAAUGGGUGUAUUCCAAGGGGAAUUGGAAGGAUCAAUAUGACCAGCUUGUAAUUGUUCCUGUGCUAAUUGAUGAGCUGCCUCCAAUUUCUCCUUGGACAGGGGCCACUGUGGAGUCCACACCUGAUCAUUUGGCUUCCAGGUGAUGGGCAAAGGUUUAACGUAAGGAGGCUUAUUAACAGUGACCCUUAGGAUAAAUUUCCCAAGCCUGUUUUAUUAUGAGGAUGUUUAAUUAUUUUUGGCUCUUCACUUACACUAGAAGGUCUUGUAAAUUUUUGCCCAGUCCUCUCCCUGGGAUGAAACCUUGUUUCCUCAUCAUGUUUCGUACAGGCUGAUUGUCAGCACAGCCCCCAUAUCGUUGACUACAUCUCAUCCCCACAAGUUGGUAGGUAUUUGCUCUAAAACAAAAGACUGAAACCAUCCCUCAUGUCCUUUCUCAUCUCCCUAUUUAAGAAUCUUGCUGCUUUUUUGAGGAACUGUAGCUGUCCCCACUCCUUGUAAGGUGGAGUAAGAUAUCUCUAAGGGCCAGGACUUUGGCCAGAAGGCUUUAGCUAUGACAAUGGUAUCAGCUCUGGUAUCUAGGAGCCCAUGUAGGGGUUUUCCUUCAACCCAUAGGAUGAGUGUGGGGCGUUUCUCUAAAGAGGAAACCUAAAAUGCUCCGGACCCAGUGGACCCGAAACCUUGAUUUCCACGGGGAGAUUUAAACACAGGAUUGUUGGUAUAAAACCAGGGCCAAAGAACCAAUUGAGCUAUCCUAUCCCCUUGAGGAAUAACUACAACAUCCUUUUCUACAGAAACCAUAAUUUUAAUUUCUCCAGUAAAAUCAGAGUCAAUCACUCCAGGAAAAAUUCUUAUCCGUUUCAUCAAGGCACUGCUGUGGCCUACUAAAAGACCUAUACACCCAGAGGGCAGGGGCCCAUGUACCCCAGUGCCAUGUGCCUGGGGGCCCAUUUGAGGUGUUAAGACUGCCCUGGUGGAGGAGCAGAGGUCCAGUACUGCACUUCCUGGGGAUACCUCUGACAAGGUCUUUGAUAUGAAGGGGUUGGUUUGAGGGACAAACUGAAUUGGGGUAGAUUCUAUCAUAGAAGUUUUCAUAGCUCCAUACACUCUGGUUUGGGGGGCCCAGAGCGGGUCCUGUUUCCCGUUUCCCAGAAGGUGUAAAGGCUGUCCCUCAACAUUUUGCUUAGAUCUGCACUCAUUUCCCCAAUGAUAACUUUUACGGCACCGAGGGCAUAAUCAAGGCCUCCUAUCUUUUUGUUCUGAGGGCACUCUCUUUUAAAAUGUCCAGGUUGUCCACACCCAAAACAUGUCUUGGUCUCUCCAUUUCCCCUCUUCAUGGCUGCAGCUAAGACUUGUCCCACCACAUAAUUCCCAUCUAUUUCUUUGCACAAUUUAAUAGUCAUUUAAACUUUUAUUCUUAUGAGGUCUCAUAGCUUCCUUGCACCAUUUAUUAGAAUUCUCAUAUGCCAGUUGUUUUACUAUGGGCAUAUCGGUGUCAACAUCUCCAAGCAACUUCCCAGCCAACUGUAAUAAUCUUGCCACAAAUUCCUGAAAAGGCUCCGAGGGUCCUUGUGUCAUCUUGGAUAAUUGUUCUCUGGCUGCCUUAUUGGGCAAUGCCUUUCAAGCUUUAACUGCCGCUGAGGAGAUUUGAGCAUAAACGGCAGGAUCAUAUUGAAUCUGGGCUGGAAGGGCCACAUAUUGUCCUGCUCCUGUCAGCAUUUCUAGAUUUCUUUGGGGGGAAUCCUGCUUGUGCAUUAAGUCGAGCUAGUUGCCCACAUUGCUCUUGAUAUUCUCCCCUCCAAAAUAGAUAAUCUUCCCCCACUCAAUACUGCCCUACAUAAUUGUUGCCAAUCUCCAGGAGUCAGAUUGGACAUAACAUAGGACUCAAAAACGGCAGAGGUAAAGGGAGCAAGGGGACCAUAAGCAGAGACUGCUUCUUUCAGGUUUUUCAACUCCUUAAAACUCAGAGGAACAAGCUGUCUGAUAGAUUGACCUGCAUUUCUGGGGUCUGGGACCUCAACAACAGGAUCCACCACUCCCUGUCCAGUGGGAGGCUCAGGGAAAAUUACCCCUCUUCUUGUAGCCUUGUAUUUUUACCACCAUUCCAAGGAAGGAUAGGGUUCAUAGGUGGGAGGAGCAGUAUCUCCCUCUUCUUUAAAGAAGGGAUUUUUCACUUGGAGGACAAAAUUCUGAUUUUUUAGCAACCCUGUACUUAUUAAUCUUCCUCUUAGGCACUUUUAUUUCUUCUUCUGAUGUCUCUUCAUCCUCCUCUGAGCAUGAAUCCUGAUCUGAAUCAGAGGUUUGUAAAGACUUACGAGAAGCAUCAUCCUGUGCUGCUCUGAAUGUUCUUUCUAUCUCUGACAUCCUCCUUUUAUACUAGUGUUAGUACUCAAGAGAGCAUCCUUGACCAGUCUUCAUAGAGAGAGCUUGAUGACAGGAAUGCUCUGGGCGCCAUCUCUCCUCAGUGCUCUUUGCAAAUCUCUCUUAACCUGUUCCCAAUCAGGAAUAUUAAGUCCUCCUGAAUGAAUAAGCCAGGGACUAGUCUUUUCUAAAGUUUUGAUAAAUUUCUUUAGCUGUUUUUACCUUUGUCCCCAUUCCCUGCUGUUCGAGUAAAGCGACUAUCUGAUCUGUUAAUUAUUAGUAGAACUCGAGGUUCCCGUGGUGCGAUUUUUUUUUUUUUUUUUUUUUUUUUGGCUGUGCACUCACCCAAUACGUCCCUCCUUCUACGCCAGCCAGCUUCCUGGGACAACCUCAUCAGGAAUUCCUCACUUUCCCGAUCUUGGUGGGACCUCCACUUGUUGGCACAUAGUCUCCUUCUGCUGCCUGGGGAUCAAGGUGUAGAACCCUCAGCUCCUUCUUCUCUCGCACCCUGCCUGCCUGCAUGCCUGCAUGGUUCCCUGCAAAGACAAUAAUUGACUAAACCUCUGAAACUGUAAGCUAGCCCCAAUGAAAUGGUUUCCUUUACAUAUGAGUCUCUUCACAGCAAAAAAAAACCAAAAAAACAAAAAAACAAAAAACAAAAAACAAAAAACAAAAAACAAAAACAAAAACAAAAAACCCAAAAACCAAAAACCAACAACAACAACCCUAACUGAGACCAUAACCUUCAGGCUGUUCACAGAAACAUGGCGUUUUCAGUUCUGGCCCAUUUUGCUGUUCUCUUCCUCCCUGUUUAAGGUUAGACUACCCAUUCCCAGACCAGAGGCUUGGAGGACCCUUUGAAACAAACUUGCUUCUUCUACCUGGAGCAUGAUGGAGUCUUACUUCCAGAGGCAACUCCACAGUGAGCUGAAACAGCACGUGUCUAUAUACUAGUGUAAUGUACACCAUAGGGGUAGUAGAAGUGGGGUCACAACUCUUCUGGGGUAUAUACCUAAGAAGAUGGAUGGGCAAGACCUUAGCAGCGAUAAAUAGAAGUGUUAUUCCUUGGGCUCUGCUUAUUCCUCAGAAAGUAUCCUCUGAGGAGGAGAGAGGCCUGGGCCCUUGUUGGUAAUCUCUAUUCCAGGUUUUAAAAAAAAUAAGCAGAAGGUGCCUGAGGAAGGCCUCCAGGGGCAGGAAAAAGGAGGAUCAUACCAGAGAGCAGUCCUGGGGCAAGAGAAGAUGAUACAAGAGAGGCUACUCUUAGUAUGUUUCUCCUUCUUCCUCAGGGACAUGAGUAUAUAUGGCAGAGAUAGCAAUGAUGGACCUUUCAAAAUUACCUCACAUCCCAAAGUCCUUGGGCACGUUGAGCCAUAUCUCGGGGUGUGAGAAGAAAGCUAACCAGUUCUAAGGCUACCCAGCGAGCAGAGCAGUCCCAACUCCAGCUCUACUGAGGCCAUCAGGCAAGCCCACGGGAGACAACAGCCAGACCCACACCUCAAAUUUUCAAGGCUAACGGUCACUCUGAUAUUGAGCACCCUCAGUGCUGCACCCCUCACAGCCCAGACCUCCCCAAAGAUGACCAACCACGGGAAGUUAAUCUGCAACACCCAGCUCAAGUACCUUUCCAGAACCCCACCCCCGGGCCGUUCUCAUUUUCUCUCCUGCCUCCGUUGGCAUCACAUACCUCACAGGCUCUGUUUCUCUGCUGAAGUUCACAUUCUUGGUUUGCAUCAGAGCAGAACCAGGUGACGCCGUUUCCCCUGGGCUUCCUCUCCUCUAGCUCUAGAUUUCCUAAAAUAAGGGGAAAAUGACUUAAAUGUUAACAUGGGAACUAAGAAAGGCUGUGCGUUGCGAACCACAAACUGUCAAGAAGUUAAAGGGAAAAAAGUUUUAAACCGUACCCCUCAUGCAGCCACACAUCAGAGCUGACCGCCAGGGGUCAGUAUUGUGCUGGUUUAUCCAGGGACUCAAUUUCAUCCCCAUAGAGAAAGUCUGCUCAUACAAACAGGGUUGUUGGCUGGUGCGGGGAGUGGGGAGUGGGUGGACGGAGAAAAUCCUUUAGGGAAAAAAAAAAAGAAUGUCACAUCUGUAAAACAAGAAGAGUCUAGAGUGAUGUUCAGCCCAUGUGACGUUCGGUAGAGCCUGGAUACUGGCAUUUAGUGUGGAUAUGGACAUACACUAUUGACAAGCUGAAUGCAACCGUAGCCUUGUAACCAUUAAAAAGGCCACUAUGAAGGAUGCACAUUUUAGUCUCCAUUUUUUUAUGUUAUGUGUGGGAGAAUAAAAUAUAGAUGUUUCUUUAUAGCCAUUUCAUCUCAUAGCACAUGAUUGUUAUCUGUCUGUGCACACACGUUUGCUCCGUUUCUCCUUUGAAGUGGAGAUUUCUGGUUUCUUUGUAAACUCACUUGAGUCACAUGAUGUUUUCCCAGAAGCUGUCUCCGGAGAGGAUGUUUUGUUGAAGCAGACACACAAGAAGGCAUCUGAUGUUUUGCUGGAGUGGAUGCUCGAAGGGGUGUGUGGUGUUUGAGAAGAGUAUGAAUGGAAUACCAUAAACAGAGGUCACUCUUGCCUUGCAACACUUCACUGGGCUUCAGUGGGCUGGGCUGGGCUUCCCUGGGCUUCCCUGGGCUGCACUUUGUAGCUAGAAAUGCACCAAAGAACAUGUGAUAUUCUGGUUGAUUCCUGCCAAUUCGGCAGAACCUUGUGGUUUCUGCUGGAUUGAGCUGCUGCUACUGGUUCAUGUUUGGUGUUUGCUAUUGGAUUGGUGUGGCUGCUUGUAUUACGUUAAUUUGUUUCCCCAAAAUUGUUUGCAUGAGAAUCUGCAUGUCUGAAGAUAACACUGAGGGACUCUGCCUCCAGUUGGUUCUGAUUGGUAAAGCUGCUGGAGCCAACAGCUAGGCAGGGCAGACAGAGGCAGGACCUUAAGGAGGGACCAAGGGAGAGAGAAAGAUCUGACAUACUGACAUACUGGGAUCCCUCACAGUCCUUAGGGAAUAGUAAAAGAACACAUUAAACCCUAAAAGCCCAACUUCUAAAACAAAAGAGAACCUUCUACCUCUCCAAUGUACAAUUAAUGAUAGCUCUAACUACAUUUAACAUAUUUAACAUCUACAAAAUCUCCAAACAUCCUGUCUCCCUCCAUUGACACACAAAAGUCACCCCCACCCCCUUCAUCCUAGUAUGAUGGCGAGAUCCUUUGGAUAGAAUCUGGAAGGGACCAGACCUUCUCCUUACAACCAGGAGGGGUUUCAUUUGUGUUUUCCCACAGGACCAACCAAAGCCUAUCUGAGUUCCCUCUAGAAAUGACCGACACCACCUCACCAACCAAGAAGAUGGCCCACCUUCCACAAGAUCUGGAAAGACAUCUAUGACCUGGUGACUGCCACCCAGGCCAUGUGCCCUCCACAGGCUUCCCUCUCCUCUAUUCUUAUAGCUGCUUUUGUCCUUCCUGAUACUAACUCUGCUAUGGCCCAGCCUCUCCCUAGCCCUUCAUCACCAGCCCACAGGCCAUUCCCAACUCCCCGAGGUUCCCAGCAGUGUCUGGGUGUUCCAGAAUUUGGUAAUCUUCAUCUCAGCUCCAGCCUGCACCAUUUCUCACUCCGACUGGGGCCCCCAUUUUUAGGCUGCAUUCUGCCACCCUGAGCAGUGUGUUGGCAUGUCCCAUGAGCCCAACACCCUGAUGGUGGCAAGAAUGGAGUGUAGCCUAGUCCCCUUGCAUUUUGUCUGCUGGAGCAGCAUUCAGACACUCCAGGGGAGAGGCAGAACUCGGACCCAUAGAGUCUUUAACCUGGAGAUCAUUUAUUCAACUACACUGACUGACCAGCAAGCUCCUGGAAUCCACCUGUCUGUGCCCACCUUGUAUUGGGAGGAUAGGUGUAUGCUUCUGCACCAGGCUCUGUACUGGGGUCCUAAACUCAGGUCCUCAAGCUUGUGAGGCAAGCACUUUACCCACUGACACAUCUCUUUCCAGCUCUUCUAUAGCCUUUACAUAUUUGAUCUUGCUAUCUUGGUCUCAAAAUUCUCUUAGCAUUUUUCAGAUUUUAAAACUUUUAUCAACAUCCUAAUACCUAAAAGUUACCUUUGUUUGGGUUUUGGGUUUUGCGGCAUAUUAUCACAUUAUCCAUGUCCUGUCAGUAGACCUAUUGAAAAGUCCAGCAUUGAUAUGAUUUUUCCCUCUGUUGAUUUAUUUUAUCUCUUUGAGACAUUUUUAAAAUUUUUCUUUGAAAAUGAUAUUAAAAUGUCUUAAUGUGAAGUA